CUCCUUAGCAGCAAUUAAAUGCAAAAUAAUACCGUGGUUAUUGUUAUUAAAGAUUAUAUUUUUAAAAAGCCGUAAAGAUAAACUCAAUUGCUUAAAUAAACAAAGAAGGUAUAUAGUACAUAAUAUAUAGCAUAGUGUAUCUGUUCAGAUACCGGUUGCAUGCCACAAGUGGAUUGUAAAACGCGCGCAAAUACAUAAAUGAUUUGUAGCUUAAUUAAAAAAUGAAGAAACAAUGGUUAUCAAAUUUUAUUUUAGCUGGUACUAUUCGAUUUUUAUUGAUGAAUUCUGAGUACCAAAAAGUCAUUAGCGAUCGUGUGGAAAUUUCUACUGCAUUGAAUUCUUGGAAGAGAGUAACUGAAGGAGUGUAUUUGUAUAACUGUGGCAUUGAUCCUUAUACAGGAGAUUUGUUUCAUGAAACACCUAUCGGAUUAUAUAUUUUCAAUUUUAUACAACAAUAUUUAUCACAAUGGGUAUUAUUUUGCUUAUUUGUGUCCAUUGAUUUGUUAACAGCAGUAUUUCUUGGACUUACAGCAAAGCAAUAUACGACUGAAUUGGUUUCUAAACAAAAAGAAGAGGAAAAAUUAUGCAAUGAAAAUAAAGAAAUUCAUAAUGACGCUUCUGUAGUACAUACUGCAAUGAUGUAUGUCUCAGCAGGAUAUUUAUUUAAUCCAUACAUAAUACUUAAUUGCGUUGGACAUACAACAACAGUAUUUACAAACUUGUUGUAUUCCAUAGCAUUGGUUUCAAUGACAAGAUCUAUAUUUUGGAAUUGCUUAUCAAUUUCUUUAUUAACAUUACAAGGACUUUAUCCUGCUUCACUCAUAGUGCCAACAAUUAUCUAUAUUGCUCGUUCUAAUAGUACAAAACAAAGAAGCAAUAUUGCGAACUAUCUUAUAGUAUUUGCCAGCAUGUUAACCAUUCUACUUUUUAUUUCCUAUUACAUUAUGGGAAGUUGGUCAUUUAUUUCGAACACAUUUGGCUUUAUUCUAACAGUUCCUGAUUUACGUCCAAAUGUUGGACUUUAUUGGUACUUUUUUACAGAAGUAUUUGAGCACUUUAGAUGGCUUUUCAUUGCUUCUUUUCAAAUAAAUGUCAGUUUAUUAUAUAUAGUACCAUUGGCAUUGAGGUUACGACAUGAUCCAAUGCUAUUAGCAUUUUCUUAUUUAGCAAUUAUUGCAAUAUUUAAGUCUUACCCUUGUAUAGGAGAUGUUGGAUUUUAUAUGUCUCUUUUACCAUUAUGGAAGCAUUUAUUCCAAUAUACACAACAGGGAUUUAUUGUAGCCUGUCUUAUGCUAUUUUGUACAGUUUUUGCACCUACUGUUUGGUAUCAGUGGAUAUAUUCCAGAUCAGCUAAUGCAAACUUUUAUUUUGGAGUUACAUUAGCAUUUGCCAUAGCACAAAUUUUUUUACUAACAGAUAUCCUUUUCGCGAAUGUGAAACAUCAGUUUGCUGUACGUCACGGUAUUAAUAAUGAUGUUAGUGGAAAUACUGCUAAACUUCUUUUAGAGUAAAGUUGUAUCUUACAAAAUUUAAGAUUAAAAUCAUUAACUAAAGUUUGAAAUUUAAAAGAAGUGGUUCUUAAAUAUUUACAAACUAUUCGAUUUCGGAAAAAAAUUUAGUGUUUGUUAAUCACAAGUCAUAACAAUACGUAAUUUUAUAAAGUCUCCAGGUAGUAGAAUAUUUUAAAAUAAAUUAAUAUUAAACGAAAAUGCAAAUUUUUAUUUUUUAUAUGUAUUUAUCUAUUUAUUUAUACCUAAGUUAGUAUCUAACGAACUUAUUUAAAUAUUAAAAUCUUAAUAUGAAUAAAUACAUAACAAAUGCAUAAAUAAUGAAAACAUAAAUACACAGAAAGUAGUUUCUGUAACAUAUUAAUAGAUUAUUCAUCUCAUAAAAAAAUAGUUUGUGUUCUACAAAUUAAUAAUUCAUUAUUAUAUAUCGAAAACGUCAGUAAUUUUUAGAUAAGAUUUUCAUUAAUAGCAACAUAUGCAUUAUUUUUUUGACAGUAUUUCCACAAAGUAUUCCAAUAUUUGUCUUGACAAAGAAUAGAUGGAUUUCCUACUAUUAUUAAUAAAUCUUUUGCUCUUGUUAAGGCAACAUUAAACCUCUGAAAAAACAAAUAAAUAUAAUUAUUAAGUCUUAUUAUUAUAUUUAGAAUACCAAAAAAGAUUUGCUGUUUAAAUAUUAUGUAAAAUUAUACCUUUAGAUUAGCUAAGAAACCGAGAUGUUGUUUACCACGAUGUUUAAAAGUUUGUGAACGUACUGUACUUAGGACUAUAAUUUCUUUUUCUUGUCCUUGAAAUAUCUCUACUGUCCCAACAGCUAUGUUGUUUAAUUUAUGUAAGUUUAAACUUCUUUUAAACAUAAUUUUUUGUUGCUUGAAUGGAGUUACAAUUCCAAUAUCUUCUUCUUCAAUUUUUCGAUUACGAAAUUUGGAACGCAUUAAUAUUUUUAUAAUGUUUGUUACGGCCGUAAUUUCUGUCUCGUUGUAAACACUAAAAAGAUAAUGUGUUCAAUCUUCAUUAAACUAGAAAAUAAUGUUUUUAAAUUUCACUAAUUUCGUAAGAACUUCGUUUUUAAUAUAGAAAUGUUAUAAUUACCUUCCAUUUGGUGUUCUUACUUCUUCACCUUUAAGUACAAGAAAUAAGAUAGGGAAUGUUUUCCUUGAUAAUACUGUCCAAUUUGAAAUUAUGCUGUGUUUAUUCUCUUUUUUAUCACAUAACAAGUCCUUUUCAUAAAAUAAAUUAUUGGAUGUAUGUAUAAUAGCUUCUUGAUUACGGUAAUUAUGAAUUAACUUUGUUAUAUAACGCGAAUUAUAUUUAUUGUUUACUUUUUGAUAUGGUUCACAUUCCAUUAAUCUUUCCAAUAAAGACUUUCCUAGAAACAUAAUGUAACUCUAUAUCAGUUAAUAAAAUACAUAAAUUUAACUUUAAUAAUAUGAAACUACAUACCAAGCAAAUGUUGAAUUUUUGUACAUCUAAUUAGAGGACCAAGUUGAUAGGGAUCACCAGCAAUAACAAUUUGUGCAUAUAAUGCUUCAGUAUUAUUUUUCGAAUUCAUGACCAUAAGUGGAAUUAAUGAUUCUAAUUCUGUACUUUGACUGGCUUCAUCAAUAAAUAUAUAUGAAAAGUGA